AUCGAGCGUAUCAGCCUCGGGUAUAUUGAAGCGAGCAGCCGACGAGUGAGGAAUAUACGUGCAACGAGAAAAUUAACAUACAAGUGUUAUCAUCCGUUAAAUAAACACUUAUCGCCACUUAAGUUAUCGCAAAACAAAUAGCUGGCAAACGGCGCCAGUAGAAAGAAGAAAAUACGUGAGAAGUUGCGUUAAUAAAACCGGUUUGGUCACUACAGUGCGGUGAAAAAGAGUCUUCGUAGAGAUAGAGAGAGUGCAGAGUCAGUUGGCGUCGUAUCAACGGAGGAGUACGAAUCCGGUCCUUGAAUCAUUCGAUUUAUUCUUGCAUUGUCAUGAAUCGUUGGAUAGGUAAAGUGGCUGUCGUGACCGGUGCCAGUUCUGGGAUCGGUGAGGCUAUCGCUACGACUCUCGUCGAGCAUGGUCUCAAAGUCGUCGGUUUGGCGAGACGAAUUGAUAAGUUGCGAGAGAUCGCCGAACGACUGGCGACCGCUAAAGGUUCCUUCCAUCCGAUCCAGUGCGAUGUCGUGAAGGAGGAAGAAAUCCUUAAAGCCUUUGAGUAUGCCAAUAGUCUCGGCGGCGUUGAUAUUCUCAUCAACAACGCGGCAGUCAUUUAUCCGGAGACCAUCAUAGAUGGCACCACCGAGAAAUACCACUCGAUUCUGGACAUAAACGUGGCAGCCGUUGCGAUUUGCACGCGAGAAGCCACGAAAUCGAUGAGAGAACGUAACGUCGAGGGACACAUUAUCAAUAUAAACAGCACCGCCGGGCACAACGCCAGCAUUGCGAAAGCUCCAUUAAGCCUUUAUCACACGAGCAAGUAUGCGAUAACCGGAAUGACGGAGGUGAUUAGGAACGAACUUACCGCAGUGAAAGCGCCGAUUAAAGUGACAAGCUUAUCGCCCGGCUUGGUGAAGACGGAUCUGCCUGCGAAUUUAGCACCAUUGGAUACAAUUUUCAAAAUAGCCCCGCAUUUGCUAUCUCAGGACAUUGCCGACGCGGUCGUGUACCUCCUUGGUACACCGCCGCAUGUCCAGGUCACAGAGUUGUCUAUUAUCGGUAGUGCUCUCGAGGAAGAUUAGUAACUAUCUAACGUUUCGAUAUGAUUUUGUUCAAUAGCAGAUAUAAGAUAUCAUAGCAUACAAAUGAUCUUAUAGUUAUUAUAAAUAUUAUAAAAUGUUUACUGCU